UGGAGGUCCACAUUUCUUCUCCUCCUUCUCCACCUCCUCCAGCAAAGUCCGUGCCGAGCGCCGCACCGCCGUUCCCGAGAGCAGCAAGGCAGGUCGCGCGGGCCGGUUUCCCUCCCUGCACCUCGUGCCCCUCGCGCGCCCCGUCGCCGCGGCACGUGCGCGCGGCAGCCGCGCGCUCGUCCGGCGCUCGCGCCCUGUCCGAGCGGCGGGAACCAGGGAGGAGGAGCGGGACAGCUCGAGACUGAGCACUUUUUUUUCCUGGGGAAAGUUUGGCAGAGAGACUGAGAGAGGAGCGCUGCGCGGGGCUGCCGGAGCUCCGAGGGCGACCAGGAAGAGAGAGGGAAAGUCGAGAGAGCAACGCGUCUCUGAGGCAGAUGUGUCCCUGACGAGUGUCAAGCUGCCAUGGAAGCACGAUCCCAGGCCAGUUCUGCCGCUGAGAAGAAGAAGCGGGUGGAGAGCAUUGUGGCGACCAAGGGCUCCUCGAGUCGCACUGAUGUCAGCGAGAAGGCUGUGGCCUCCAGCACCACGUCCAAUGAGGAUGAAAGCGCGGCCCUGCUGUACCACAGAGAGCGACGCAACGCCAUCGGUGCAGGCUCCGCUGCCGGCAAGGUGAGCGAAGAGCCGUCCACGUCCACCGAGGAGCGACCCUCGUUGGUGAAGAAGGAGGCUCACGGAUCGCUGCCCCAGCUGGCUGACCAGGCACUUCCAUAUCGUGGCACUUUGUUCACCAUGGACCCCCGCAAUGGCUACCUGGACUCCCACUACACAUCUCCGCCAUUUCUCCCAGCCUUCCAUCCUCCAGUACCCAUAGAUGACCGCCACACCCAGGGGCGCUACAUCUACGAGCCAUCCCCUGUACCCCCGCUGCACAUACCUCCCACUCUCGCAGGAAGCUCCGCCUUUUCAGACCUCUCUCUCCUGAGGAUCUCUCCCCACCGGAGUCCGACAGUGGGAGCCGAGUCGCCCUUCAACCACCCACACCCCUACAUUAGCCCCUACAUGGAGUACAUUCGCUCCCUGCACAGCAGCCCCUCGCUGUCCAUGAUCUCUGCAGCCCGUGGACUCAGCCCAGCUGAUGCCCCACAUCCUGGUGUGACCGCUGCAGAGUACUACCACCACAUGGCACUGUUGGCAGGUCACCGCAGCCCGUAUGCGGACCUCAUCCCCUCUGUACCCUCCUCGGCGACCAGCGCCCUUCACAUGGAGUACUUGCAGGCUAUGGAGGGUUCUCGCUUUCCCAGCCCCCGACUGGCAGGUCGUCCCAGCCGCAAGAGGGCGCUGCCCAGCUCACCACUGUCAGACCACAGUUUUGACCUCCAGACUGUAAUCCGCACCUCACCCAACUCGCUGGUCACCGUUCUCAACAACUCGCGAUCGAGCUCCUCCACAAACGGCUCCUACGGCCACCUGUCUGCUGGAACCAUCAGCCCAGCGCUGAGCUUCGCCUACCCCCCAACACCGGUGGCGCUGCAAAUGCACCAGCAGCUCAUCGGCCGGCAGCCCGGGAUAGCGGCUUCGGCCUUUGGCCACAGUCCACCCCUCAUCCACCCGAGCCCCGCCUUUCCCACCCAGCGGCCAGUCCCCACCAUGGUGCCAACUGCGCUGGCGAACACGGAGCGUGGCACGGCCUCCACUGAAUCCUCUCAGCAGGGAAAGCCCACCAGUGAGUCUGCGGUGAGCAGCACAGGAGACCCUUUGCACCAUAAGCGCUCCAAGGUGAAGCCUGAUGAGGAGGCGGCCAGCCCCGGUGCAGGUUGCGAGCAGGAACAGGCCGAAGGCAUGACGUCGGUGAAGGAGGAAGACAAAGAUGAGGGACGUCAGGAGCCAGAGGCUGUGUACGAGACCAGCUGCCAGUGGGAGGGCUGUUGCAGGGAGUUUGACACUCAGGAGCAGCUGGUGCACCACAUCAACAAUGAGCACAUCCAUGGGGAGAAGAAGGAGUUUGUGUGUCGCUGGGAGGAGUGUUCACGUGAACAGAAGCCCUUCAAGGCCCAGUACAUGCUGGUGGUCCACAUGCGGCGGCACACGGGAGAGAAGCCACACAAGUGCACAUUCGAGGGCUGUGUAAAGGCCUACUCACGCCUGGAGAACCUGAAGACCCACCUACGCUCCCACACUGGAGAGAAACCCUAUGUCUGUGAGCACGAGGGCUGCAACAAGGCAUUCUCCAACGCCUCGGACCGAGCCAAGCACCAGAACCGCACGCACUCCAACGAGAAACCGUACGUGUGCAAGAUCCCGGGUUGCACUAAGCGCUACACGGACCCCAGCUCACUGCGCAAGCAUGUCAAGACUGUUCACGGGCCCGAAGCCCAUGUCACCAAGAAGCAACGGGGAGAUGUACACCCCCGGCCCCCGCCACAGCCCCGGGACCCUGCCAACUACAGCCAGGGCCGACCACCGGGAGUACUGCCCCUCGGGGGGCUCGCUGACCAGGGGGGCUACAACCACACUACCUCAAAGCAGGAUGGGUUCUCUAGAUCCAUAAAGACAGAGAAGCCUAUGCCGUCUCAGUCAAGCCCUGGCGGUCAGUCUACAUGCAGCAGUGACCAGUCCCCCCUCAGUGGCCAUUUCAGCGGUGGAGUCCGGCUUGCUGUGAGCGGGGGUGGGCUGAUCGUGGCAGAAGAGGAGGAGGACGAGGAUGAGCAGGAUGAGCAGCAGCAUGAGGAAGGGGUUGCCCCCGUCAUGGACUCUACUGUAUCCACAGCCACACUGACUCUGCAGGCACGGCGGAGUGUGGCCCCACCCCGCUGGGUGGAGCACAUCAAGAUGCAGAAGCUGAAACAGGUGAACGGCAUCCUGCCCCGGCUGUGCCCCACGGCAGUCCCCAAGGGCCCCACGCUGCCUUCCAUCACGGGAAACGGCUCGUACCAGGGCAGGAGUAGCUGCGAGGGCGUGUCCCUGUGCCCAGAGCUAUCCGGUGUGGACAUGACAGUGCUGAGCCUGUUGAAGGAGCGGCGGGACAGCGAGGGAAGUGCAACCAGCUCUGCGUACCUGAGCUCCAGCCGCCGCUCCUCUGGCAUCUCCCCCUGCUUCUCCAGCCGCCGCUCCAGCCAGGCCUCACAGCCAGAGACCAGCCUGCUCCGCCGGCGCCAUAACCUCAGCGCUACCGACUCGUACGACCCCAUCUCCACUGAUGCCUCCCGCCGCUCCAGCGAGGCCAGCCAAUGCGGCGGGCCCACCUGUGGGGGUUCUGGGGGCGGGCUCAACCUCACCCCAGCGCAACACUACCGCCUGAAGGCCAAAUAUGCAGCUGCCACUGGGGGGGCUCCUCCCACACCACUGCCCAACAUGGAACGUGUGAGCCUGAGGACCCACAUAGACGUGACGGCCAGGGGUCAGGGUGGCAGCAAUCAUGUGCUGCCCCCAUUGGCGGGGACCCGCCACUGCAGCAACAGCCGCUCCAGUGGGUAUGGAGGCUACAGCCGCACAGCGGCUUUCCUGCACGAGGGGCCAGCAAACGCUGAGAGGAGGGCCAGCGACCCGGUGCGGACGCACAACUCAGACCCUGUCAGCCUGCCCAGGGUUCAACGCUUCAACAGCCUCAACAACAUGAACUGCUUUCCUCUGGUUUCUGGCCCCACCCGCUCUGAGGGGGGAGGCUUAACCCUUCCGGGCUAUACGUGUUCCACCGGGAACUAUCGACAUGGCCUGUCACCGCCCUGUCCCCCAGGGGUUCGGGAGAACGCUGCUAUGGGGGCCCUGGCUGUGGAAGGGAGUGCUGGGAGCCUCCUGCUGGGUGAGGAAGACAUGCUGCCAGAUGAUGUGGCCCAGUACCUCCGCUUACAAGGCCUGGAUGGAGCACACCCAGCGGGCUCCGGCAACACACAGCCAGGGAACCUCUCCACGAACGCACAUCUCUCCGGAAACAGUCUCCCCGGCGAUAUGUACCAAAACUCAAAUCAGAGGCUCCAGGAGCAGGACAAGCUGCCUGUCCAGUGGAAUGAGGUGAGCUCCGGCAGUGCCGACCGGUCGCCCCAGGCGCAGCAGCAGCAGAAGUACCGGCGAUGGCCAACCCACGGACAGAGCACCACUCGACCCUUUGGCAGGUUUGGCAACAUGACGCUCCAGCAGCAGCAGCAGCUUUCUUCUGAGGCCUCAGACAUCCAGGGUGGACACGUGCCGCAGCAGAGCAGUUUUCACAGAGACCUGGGGAGUGACUGCCUGUAUAGUGGGUCUAUGGUUAGGACAGGACAGCGGGACCCCUAUGGGGCGAAUCUCUGGAAAAUGGAGGACAGUGCUUAUUCACAGAUGCAGAGGAGCGCCCUCCCAUCGGUGCAAGAGCUAACCUUGGAGGAUUCGCAGCUCUGUCUGCCCUCUGGCUUCCUGCAGAACCCGCCUUCGUGCCGGAUGGUAGGAAGGGUGGGCGAGCCCGUCAAACCCGAAAUGCAGGAGCACCUCCAGGCUAACUCCUGUGCCUUGUCCCAGCCACAGCCAGCUUUGCUCAACCAGGGUUUUGAGGAUCAAGGCAUAGACCUCCUCCACUUGCCUGACAUCAAGCCGCCCUGCUUCCCAGACCCAGAAGAUGACUGCCUCCUUGCUCAUACAGCAACGGGGCCUCGAGGGAAGGACCCCUCCACCCUACCAUCUCCGGGGGUGGACCAGGUGACCAGCACGAGCAUGGAUGUCACCGUUGGCAGUCUUGACAAUGUCAUGCUGGACUUUGAUGCCAUCCUGGAGGAGGAAAACGACCACGCCAGCCUCAUCUCUGGGGUCUUCAGUCCUGGCUUGUUUCAGAACUCGUCUCGUCUCACCACGGCCCACACAUCCUCUGGGCCAUUCCACAGCAUCCCGGCAGGAGUCAACAACAUGGCCAUUGGGGACAUGAGCUCCCUGCUGACCAGCCUCGCGGAGGAGAGCAGGUUUUUGGCCAUCAUGCAGUAGCUCAUGGAAAGGAGGAAACAAAACUCGGCACUUAAUGAUCUGAGAAGCAAGGGAACAGAUAGAAAAAAAAAACUUCUGGAGGUGUAAAUCCAGAAAAGGACAGCUCUUUUUUUUUUCUCUGCCUCCCAUCGAGACACAGCUGGCUAAUGCUUGGAAGAGCUUCCAUCCAAGAGCGACUAACGUGAACCAACCAACUGGUCAGGCAAGUGUGUUCUGUGGCACAAGCUGUGUUCAUAUUUUCUUUUUAUUAAAUAAAAGUCACUGAACUCAGGGCUUCCUGUAUGCCAAACUACCGUUGGUAAGUAUGAAAUAUUUCCUGAAAUGUUUCCAAAAGUUGUUCAGUAUUUUGCCUCAACCAGUGGAUUUUCUCUGUUGGGAAAUGUCAGUGAAACCUGCUCUUAGAACUUGUUCUGUGGGGGGGAAAAGCUCAGUUGCAAGGUCCUCGUCUUCGUUUUGGCACCUGUACAUUUGUACAUUGAUAUGAUGCAAUGUCUUUUAUUUCCGGGAUCCGUGGACUCAGGUCCUGGUCCAGGCAGAUGGCUCUGUAUCAGGGCCCACGUAGGGAUGUCAGCAGAACCACUUAGCUUUUUUUUUAUAUCGGA